GUCCCCGCCCGCCCCGCGUGGCCCGCCCCGCCCCCACUCGGCGCGGAGACGCGCGCCGCCAGCCGGCCCUCGGCGCGUCCUGGGUCCGGCCCCGCGGCGCUGCAGCCCGCCCCUCGCCGUCCCGGAGCCGCGCGGCGGGCCGAGAUUUCUCACGGUACUGAGCCAGGUGACAAAUGGCCUGAUCAUAGUGGAUCUAAGAUGGAAUGUCAGAGCUAGAAAUUUCAAGACCGGUAGAACACUUUAAGAAAGGAAGUCUUCCUGAGACCUCUGCCUCCCAUCCAUAAAAUAUUCAUUCAUUGUUCCAGCUCUGCCUGCCUUGAACACAAAGACCUGGAGCGGACUCCCACCGCCUUCGGGGAAGAAAGGGAACCGCGGAGCCGAUCGAUCGCGGGGCCGUGCGCGUGGCUGGAGCCUCUGUACGCGGGGCCCUUCGGAGGAGAGCGGGGUGCGGAUGAGCCGUGAGAUGAGGCGCGGCUCCCGCGGCUGCUGCUGACCCGAUUCCAGGCCCGCGCUGCCCACUGCUUCGUGUACAUGUGUCUGCUCAGGCCGGCGGGAGGCGCCCAGAAGAGCAUCCACCACGGCCGCCGGGGAGAGACCGCCCAGCAUGCCCACCGAGGCGCUCCCGACAGGUAGCAUGGUGAAGCCGGUCAGCCCCGCGGGCACCUUCACGUCGGCCGUGCCCCUGCGCAUCCUGAACAAGGGGCCCGACUACUUCCGCAGGCAGGCCGAGCCCAACCCCAAGAGACUGAGCGCGGUGGAGCGGCUGGAGGCCGACAAGGCCAAGUACGUCAAGAGCCAGGAGGUGAUCAACGCCAAGCAGGAGCCCGUGAAGCCCGCCGUGCUGGCCAAGCCGCCUGUGUGCCCGGGCGCCAAGCGCGCGCUGGGGAGCCCCACGCUCAAGGUGUUUGGCAACCACGCCAAGACCGAGAGCGGGGUGCAGCGGGAGAACCUCAAGCUGGAGAUCCUGAAGAACAUCAUCAACAGCUCGGAGGGCUCGAGCUCGGGCUCCGGCCACAAGCACAGCGCGCGCAACUGGCCUCCUCACAGGCCGGACGCCCCCGACCUGCACCGCCACUCCUUCGCCGAGUCCCUGAAGGUGUACCCCACGCCGGGCCGCAGCAGCCCCCAGGAAAGCAGCUCCCACUCCCACGUGAGCAGGAGGCUGCUGGAGCAAUCCGCAGAUUCCUUCCUCCACGUCUCGCACAGCUCCUCCGACAUCCGCAAAGUGACCAGCGUGAAGCCCCUCAAAGCAAUCCCCUGCAGCAGCUCCGCGCCACCGCUGCCCCCCAAGCCCAAGGUCCCCACCAUGAAGUCUCCCGAAGCCGACCCGGUGGAAUCAGCCUGUGGCCGGAGACCCUCCCUCCAGCGGUCCAAGUCAGACUUGAGUGACAGGUACUUCCGAGUGGACGCCGACGUGGAGAGGUUCUUCAACUACUGCGGACUGGACCCGGAGGAGCUGGAAAACCUCGGCAUGGAAAACUUUGCAAGGGCUAAUUCUGACAUCAUAUCCCUCAACUUCCGCAGCGCAAGCAUGAUCAGCUCAGACUGUGAACAGUCUCAGGACAGUAACAGUGACCUUAGGAAUGAUGACAGUGCCAAUGACCGGGUGCCAUAUGGCAUAUCUGCCAUUGAAAGAAACGCUAGGAUCAUCAAGUGGUUAUAUAGCAUCAAACAAGCUAGAGAGUCCCAGAAGGUGUCCCACGUGUAAGAGACACGGGGCGUGCGGAGGAGGGAGGGGUGGGUCUGUCUGUGUAAAGGUUGUGAGGUCUCCUUGAAGUGUCGUGAGCUUCUCCACUCUUUGUGUUGCUUGUUGUUUUCAAGUUGCAUGCCUGUCAACAUGGCGACUGGCCUGGCUUCCUCCCUCACCACCGCUGCAGGGCCUGGCUGAACACUCCUCUGCCGCUCAUUUCAGGCAAGAGUCUCUUUGGGGCUUUGCUCUUAAGCAGAACUGUUUACAUGGAAAAUGGUAUACAGUUUCUUCAAUAUUUAUGUGGUUCUUGUGUUUUUUAUAUCCCACGCUCUUGUGUCUUAAUUAAAAGUUUUGUCAAUUGGCCUUUAAGUUGAGAGCAGAAUCUUCUUGAAAUAAAACCACUUUGCCUAUCGUGAGACCGUAACAGUAGGAGAGGGGGGACUGCCACCACAUUGUGACUGACCAGAUGUAGAACCAGUCUGGGUUUUCUGUGGGAUAAAGGGGUGAGCCUAAUGUUAGUUGUUGUUUACAUGUUGAACUUUCUCUUGAUACUAAUGGGGCUGUCACUGGGGCAGCAGUGUCUAGCUGGCUGCUGGCCUUUCUGUGUGAUGCUGACUCUGAGGAAAGACAAUCAGAUGCAACAGAGCGUGAUUCAACCUGGGAGCUGGGGUAUUUGGGGGAUGAGUUGUCACUCAGAUUAGGGUAAUUCAGAAAUAUUUACUAGUAUUAAUCUUUGUGCAGAAGUAGACACUCAAAAGUUGAAACUGAACACCUUUUUAUUUUUCCUUAUAAGGUGUUUCGUGAGUUUUUGUUGGCUUUUGUACCUCUGGUUUUAUUGUUUUGGUUUUGGUCAAGAACUACUAAUUCAUGCUGUUUCUCUUCCUUUGUUGUGGUUUUAUUUGGGAGAGGCAGUGGGGUUUGCACAGGUUUCUGCUAUGGGAAGACAUGAAUGAAAACAGAAAUAUGAGCCAUAUCAGCCUAGAGCCACCUACUCCAAAGGGAAUACACUUGUAGCUGAAUCACCAGAGCGGCGUGGUUCUGUUGACCUGCAUACGUUACCUCUUCAGCCAUGACUCCGCUACACCUCAAGGAGACCGUAGAAACACCAUCCUCUGUGGCUCUUGCGUCCUGUGGUCUCCAGCACUGCCCAUCACCUUGUGUUCCUUUUUCCCAGUAACCUGUCCUCCAGGUAGUUCCCGUAUCUGUCAGUGGGCUGACGGUGCCAUUGGUGGCAGAGAAGGCACCAUGCGCAGUGGUCUGAUUCCUUGCUCUUAUCAAGUUCUCUGUAGUACCACCUUGGGCUUCGUCAAGUACUAGGGAACUUUUUAUGGUGUAAAUGCUGUAAGACUUUGUACAUACUUCAGUUGUUAUUAAAUCUUUAAGAAAAAAGAAAUAAUUAUGCUAAUAAAUAGCUCUGAAGCAGGCA